ACUUACAGUACUCUGAACAUCUCAUCAAACAAGCAAGCAAACAAAUCCACAGGCUGGCCCUUCCUUCGACGAAGCGACGGCCUCGUCAUCACUCAUCAGUCUCAUCACAGCCAAAACAAUCUGUCCUCCCCCAUAACAAAUUUGGGAAACAUGUGCGAAACCAUGCGACGACGCUGCCACAACCAACGAACGGGCCUGUCCAUGCCGGCCGCUGUCUCUCUAACUAACACACGACCACCGCCACCCAAGUCCUAGCCGACACGGAACGCUAAGCGAGCAGGGGCACCACGCGCGCGCGCGUGUGGAUUAGAGAAUAGAGAUAGACCCAUGUCGUCAAGAACAUAAGGGUAGUGUGUGUAUAUGGACGAGCCGUGUGAAGCGGAGGAGGAUGCAUUAAAGGGCGCGAGCAGUGGAGUUGUCGCCAAACAAGCCACUGCGGCCACGGCGGCGAGCGCUGCGAGCGAGCUCGAGGUUUCUUGCAAGCAACCGCCGGUUCCUUGCGGCGGCCGGCUGCCGCAAGGGGUGGCCGGCAAGCCAACCCCAGGCCUCGGUGCGGGAGCUGCUUGGCCGGGCAGGCCCCCGCUGCGUAUAUAGCAGACAAGUGUCGCCGAAGGAUCCAAUAGACAUUGUCACUUGUCCGGAGGGGAUCGGUUUGAGACAGCGAGCUGCCUCCUGCUUCGGUUCUGAACUUCCUGCGUGGCUCCGAGCGAGCUCCCUGGGACGCGUCUGGGAGCUUGCCUUCUUCUUCUUCUCCGGUCGGCGAACUCGCCGGGGUUAUGCGAAGGAGAAGGUCGUGCUUGUCUUGCCUGCCCAUGGGAACGGAGGCGCUGCCCAUUGAGAGGCAAUUCGUUCCUCCGGCCGUGCUACCCUCGUGGCCGGCCUCAGCAGAUGGAGGAUUUGCAAAGGGCAGCAUAGACCUUGGAGGCCUAGAAGUGCUCCAAAUCACCACGUUCGACAAGGUGUGGUCCACCACGCAAGGCGGCCAGGACGGCGACGGCGCCACCUUCUUCAAGCCCUCGCCGGUCCCGGGCGGCUUCUCCGUGCUCGGCCACUACGCGCAGCCCAACAACCGCCCUCUCUUCGGCCACGUGCUCGUCGCUCGGGACACGUCCGGCACGGGAGCUCUCCUUGCCGCGCCCGUAGACUACAAACUCGUCUGGUCCAGCCCGGACGGCGCCGGCCAUUUCUGGCUCCCGACGGCGCCAGACGGUUACAAGGCGGCCGGCGCGCUUGUCACGGCCACGUCCGACAAACCUUCGCUCGACGAGGUCCGGUGCGUCCGCGCCGACUUCGCCGACGCGUGCGAGACCGAGGAGUCGGUGCUGAGCAGCGACAAGGACGGCUUUAGCACCGCCACUCUGAGGCCGGCUGUCCGUGCCAUCGACGCCCGUGGCGUGCACGCCGGCACAUUCCUCGCCCAGAGCAGCGCGACGCCGGGCGGCGCCUCGACGCUGGCGUGCCUGAAGAACAACAGCGCGCGUUACACAUCCUCCAUGCCUGACCUGGCCCAGCUGAACUCCCUCCUCGCGGCCUACGCGCCGCACGUGUACCUGCACCCGAACGAGCCUUACUUGCCUUCGUCGGUGACGUGGUUCUUCGAGAACGGCGCGCUGCUGUACCAGAAGGGCAGCCAGACCCCGACGCCGGUGGCCGCCGACGGGUCGAACCUCCCGCAAGGCGGCGGCAACGACGGCGGGUACUGGCUGGACCUGCCGGUGGACAGCAAGCAGAGGGAGAUGGUCAAGAAGGGCGACCUCGCCGGCGCGAAGGUGUACGUGCAGGCGAAGCCGAUGCUGGGCGGGACGGUGACCGACCUCGCCGUGUGGAUCUUCUACCCGUUCAACGGGCCGGCGCGCGCCAAGGUGGGCCUCCUCACGAUCCCGCUUGGCGAGAUUGGCGAGCACGUCGGCGACUGGGAGCACGUGACGCUGCGGGUGAGCAACUUCUCCGGCGAGCUCCUCCGGAUGUACUUCUCGCAGCACAGCGCGGGCACGUGGGUGGAGGCGUCGCAGCUGGAGUACCUCGGCGGGGACGACGGCGGGAACAGGCCGGUGGCGUACGCGUCGCUGCACGGGCACGCGCUGUACCCGAAGGCGGGGCUGGUGCUGCAGGGCGACGCGAGGCUGGGCGUGGGGAUCCGGAACGACACAGCCAGGGGGAGCAGGCUGGACGCCGGCGGCGGCGGGCGGUGCGAGGUGGUGUCGGCGGAGUACCUCGGCGUGGCGGAGCCGGCGUGGCUCGGGUUCGAGCGUGAGUGGGGGCCGAGGGAGGAGUACGACAUCGGGCGCGAGAUCAACCGCGUGGCGAGGAUCCUGCCGCGGUCGGUGAGGGAGCGGCUGGCCAAGCUGGUGGAGAAGGUGCUCGUCGGCGAUGGGCCGACGGGGCCCAAGAUGCACGGCAACUGGAGAAACGACGAGAGGGAGGCCUGACGGCUGAUGAGGCCUUGCGUGGCCGAUCAGACGCUUGCCGAUCGAUGCAGUACUCGCGUGUCGUGUAUGGUAUUUGCUAGCGAUCGAAAGGCUGUUCGACACGUCCGUUUGUAGCGUGGAACGCAAAAGAUUUACUUCACGUGAGCCCGCAAUCUGGAUCAUUGCGAUGCUUGCUAGCUGGACCGGAAUACAUGACUUGUUUGGUACAACACUUGCUCCAGGAUUUAGUUAGGUCGAAUCAACGGUUUGUAAAGUAAACUAAAAAGGUUGCAGUAUUCCGAUUCAAAUUUGUGGAAAAGAGAGAAGUGUGUACAGUUUCAUCUUCGAAGAA